GUAUGACUGUGCGGAAAGGUGCCCCAUUUUCCUACUUCACCAGGUGGCUGCAAAUAGACCCUCCUCCAGGGACUGCAAAUCUCUGCCCAACUGCGCACUGGCGGCGCCCCUCUGGCUGGUUACUUUUCUCUGAGGCUUAGUUUUCUCACCUGUAAAUUGAGAUAGAGACUGUCUUUAAGCAGCUUACAAAGGAGACGGGACACGGGCAGGCAAUAAAUACCGAAGCAGACAUACCCUUAAAGUCAUGGGUAGUACUGGGAAGGGCGGAGAUAGAGAAGGAAGGGUGCAGGUAAACUUCUGAACUCAGAGAAGGCCCGGCUGAAGAAAGAUAACCAGUGCAGCCAGAUGCCAAGCAAAAGACGAAAAUGUGAAGACUUAGGGGGAAGAGUGCGCCAGGGAGUCAGAACAGCAAGUGCCAAGGCCAAAGGCCUGACAGGGGAAUGGAAAGAGGCCAGUAUUGUCUGGCUGAGGCUUGGUGAGUACAUGAGGUGUCAGGACUUUGUGAACCAGAGUUGGGCUAAGACCUGUCAACUCAGGCCUUAUGGAGGGAGGAAUCAGUAAAAGAACAGUUGUAAAGAGCCUCUCAUAAAUGUUGCAGCUGCUUUGAAAAUGAUCACAAUAAUUGUUUUUGUAUUACAUGUGAGCACAUCGCCUGGGGCUUUAAGUACCUUCAUUAUGCCAGUUAUGUCAUUUAAUUACCACCUGACAACGCUGCUGGUCAGGUGACACUUUGUCCAUUGGACAGACUCAUGAUCACGCCCCUGAAGAGAUAGGAGUCACCUUCAAAUUGUGGACACCAAGUGUGUUGUACCACACUCCCAACUGGACAGGCAGGCACAGGUGGGAAGUGUUAUUUUGCAGUCUCUCUGGGCCACUCACCAGAUAUGUGAGCUUGGAAGGGCGGCUUGCUCUCUAGCCAUGAGUUUCCUCACCUGGGACUAAUGGGAAGAUUAAAUGAGAUAAUCUAUGGUGGGGUACUGGCAGAGGCACAGCCUGGCAAACGUGAACAGCUGUUAUGUGUUAGUGUCUUUCUCCUCCUCCCUCCCUAGAGGGGGAGGGAAUAGGUUCCCCUCUACCUGGCCCUCCAUCCUUAGAAUUGGGAGACUCUGUCCUUGGCCCGUGGGGAAAGUGGCGCUGUUUCUGCGACCUGGGCAAGCAGGAGCGCAGCCGCGAGGUGCUGGGCACAGCGCCGGGCCCGGUGUUCAUGGACAGCGAGAAUCUGGUGCAGGUGCGGCCCUGCCGGCAACAAGAUUGUUCAUCCUGCAAGCCAAUCGACUGCGGCUGGAGGCCCUGAGCCUGGCCCCGGCGGGCGAAGCUCCAGAGACACCGGGGCGAAGCUUGGAAAGCGACCCCACCCACUCCGUUCCCCAAACCCAGAGCUCGGCUGUUUGUCCCCGGAACUACAAUUCCCAGGAAGCAGCACGGCAGCGGCACCGGCGGCGGCUGCGCAAACGUCAACGGCGGCGGGAACGUUGGGGGCUUGUCCCACGCGCCGAUUGGUCGAGAGCUAGCGCUGCUACGGAGCCCGCGGAAAACGCGCGGCAAGACCUUUGUUUGCAGACCUCGUUCCUGCGGCUGGUCGUGGCGGCAGAGGCAGCAUGGAUCUCAGCGAGCUGGAGAGAGACAAUACGGGCCGCUGUCGCCUGAACUCACCUGUGCCCGCAGUGUGCCGCAAGGAGCCCUGCGUACUGGGCAUCGAUGAAGCGGGCCGGGGCCCUGUGCUGGGGCCCAUGGUCUAUGCCAUCUGCUAUUGCCCCCUGACCCGCCUGGCAGAUCUGGAAGCCCUGAAAGUGGCAGACUCAAAGACCCUGUCGGAGAGCGAGCGGUUCAGGCUCUUUGCGAAAAUGGAGGAGGACGGGGACUUUGUGGGCUGGGCACUGGAUGUGCUGUCUCCAAACCUCAUCUCUACCAGCAUGCUUGGGCGGGUCAAAUACAACCUGAACUCCCUGUCCCAUGAUACAGCCACUGAGCUGGUGCGGUAUGCGUUGGACCAGGGUGUGAAAGUGGCCCAGGUGUUUGUGGACACUGUCGGGCCUCCAGAGACAUAUCAGGAGUGGCUUCAGCAGCGCUUUCCUGGCAUUGAGGUGACAGUCAAGGCCAAAGCAGACGCCCUCUUCCCUGUGGUCAGCGCUGCCAGUAUCUGUGCCAAGGUGGCCCGUGACCAGGCUGUGAAGAACUGGCAGUUUGUGGAAAAACUGCAGGACCUGGACGCUGAUUAUGGCUCAGGCUACCCCAAUGAUCCCAAGACAAAAGCAUGGUUGAGGAAGCACGUGGACCCUGUGUUCGGCUUCCCCCAGUUUGUCCGGUUCAGUUGGCGCACAGCCCAGAGCAUCCUGGAGACAGAGGCAGAAGACGUUACAUGGGAGGACUCGCAGACAGGGGAUCAGGAGGGACUCGGGAGGAUCAAGUCCUACUUCAGUGAAAGCCCCCGGACCCGCCCCCGCCUCCCCCAUCGCUACUUCCAGGAGCGCGGCCUGGAGUCAGCCACCACUCUCUAGGUUGCCAGUCUGUACCCCAUUUACCUCCCCCCCCCGUUUGAUUAAAAUUGUUGAAGGAAA